GCUCAUUUGCAUCAAACCAACACAUCCAUCCCCAUCUCUGCUUAUCUUAUAACAAAAACCCAACAUCCAACAUUAUCUCCCAUUUUUCAGGUUGCUUUAUAUGUUCAGGUGAUUACCGGCUCCUUCAAAAUGGAAGUUACCGGGGGCUAAAACUUUCUGAAUUUUAUGGCCUUCACUAAUAUUUGGGCGAUGUGUCAGCAAAGGAGCAGUUACAGAGGUGUACAAGGAACUUUACAUAGUGCAGCAGGAAGUAAUUACUCGAAGAGCAGGGCCUCUGGCAUGGAAUAUGAAUCAGACUGGAUGAAGCAUAGAAUAUCCUCAGCAUUCACAACUCAAGUGAUCCGGUCUGCAACAUCAUUUAUGCCUUGGUGUUGUAAAAUCCCUAUAGGUGAUGGAUUUCAUGAGUUUCUUUAAUUAGUUGUCUAGCAUUUAGAAAUAUUUAUGCAAACUUUGGAAGAUAUAUUUGCACCGAAUACAAGUAUCAUCAAGAAAAUGCCUGGUUUUGUGAGAGGAAAGAAGAGAUUCACAGAACCCAAUCGGUGUCUCUCCUCAUCGGUUAAAGAAGAUAUACUGAUUCAUUCAAAAGGCAAUCCUCAGUCAUCUUCUCAGGCCACUGAUGAAUUAGACAGCCCACUGCUUCCUGGGCUUCCAGAUGAUGUAGCCAAGUAUUGCCUUGCUCUUGUUCCUCGUUCCAGCUUCCCUGCCAUGGGUGGUGUAUGCAAGAGGUGGAGGUCGUUCAUCCAAAGCAAAGAAUUCUUCACAGAGCGAAGAAUAGCUGGAAUGCUUGAAGAGUGGCUUUAUGUUCUAACUAUGGACUCUGAAGGAAAGGAAAGCCACUGGGAGGUUUUGGAUUGUUUGGGACAGAAACAUCAGCUUCUUCCACCAAUGCCUGGUCCUGCAAAAGUUGGGUUUGGGGUAGCUGUCCUUAAUGGAAAGCUUCUUGUCAUGGCAGGCUAUUCUGUGAAUAAUGGGACUGUCUCUGCCUCAGCAGAUGUUUACCAAUAUGAUUCUUGCCUCAACAGGUGGAGCAAAUUGGCAGACUUGAAUGUUGCUCGCUAUGAUUUUGCUUGUGCAGAGGUAAAUGGCAUGGUUUAUGUGGUUGGAGGCUAUGGGAAUGAUGGUGAAAGCCUCUCUACUGCAGAGGUUUAUGACACUGAUACAGAUAAGUGGACUCUUAUAGAAAGUCUUCGCCGACCACGCUGGGGUUGUUUUGCAUGUGGGUUGAAUGGAAAACUUUAUGUCUUGGGCGGAAGGUCAAGCUUCACCAUUGGAAACUCAAGGUUUGUGGAUGUGUACAACCCUGAAAAGCACACUUGGGGUGAGAUGAAGAAUGGUUGUGUCAUGGUCACUGCCCAUGCUGUGCUGGAGAGGAAGCUUUUCUGCAUGGAGUGGAAGAACCAGCGGAAGUUGGCAAUAUUCAAUCCAGAGGACAAUUCAUGGAAGAUGGUUCCUGUUCCAUUGACUGGGAGCACAAGUAUAGGGUUUUGUUUCGGGAUAUUGGAUGGAAAACUUUUACUAUUCUCGGUGGAGGGAGACCCUGGUUACCAUACCCUUUUGUAUGAUCCGAAUGCAGCCCCUGGUUCAGAGUGGCAGACUUCUGAUAUAAAACCUUCUGGUUUGUGCCUAUGCAGUGUGACAAUCAAAGCUUGAAAGAAGCAUUGCCUGAUAAUUAAGGAUCUUCAUGAAGUCUAGAAUGUCUGUUUGUGCAUUUGCUAGGCUACUUCUCGUUAAGUUAAUUUGUGUGGGAGCAUGUCAAGCUCCAAAACUUUCUGUUGGAUUAUCUUGCUUAUGUGGAACUAAUUAAUUGGAUUUCUGUUUACCUUUUUAUUUUUCUUAGUUGAUAAUGCUCUUAAUUUGUGGAUUUCUGCCUGGACUAUAGUUCACGGGUGCGUUUAAUACGCAAAGUUAUGGGCAGGAUAGAAGAAAAUGAGAUUAGGAAGUGGAUUGGAUUAGAUAAUAUCAUCUUAUUUUA